AUUUCAUUCUAUUCGAUUAAACCGACGAUUUCACUCGAGAGAGAACUCGGUUAGUUAGUUAUGGAUUCAGCUUGUCAAAACACAGAUUUUAAUGUCAAAUACUUGGUUGGUCAGUUAAAUACAGCCAGAAAAGAAAUUAAUAACUUGAGACAACAAAUAAAAACUCUUCGUUAUAUACAUGAAAAAGAUGUCAAUACUAUAAAACGUCUUUUAGAAUCGUACAGCAAUGGAGCGUCUGUGUCAGAAGCAAAAGUUAUAUCCGAAGACGAUGUAAAACCUAGCACUAGCGCGGACGAUGAUAACGUUAAAUUAAAACCAAUCGGAAUAAUAUCCACUUGGUUUCCGUGCAAACGCGGCACACCUAGGCAGCCAGGAAUUUGUGGAAAUGUACCGGGAAAGAUACUGUUGUAUAACUCGAUAUAUACAAAUCCGGCCCAUGCCCUGGAAGGAUUACAAGAUUUUUCGCAUAUGUGGGUCUUAUUCUAUUUUCAUAGAAACGAUUCGACGCACGUUCGCGCUAAAGUUGCACCACCGAGAUUAAAUGGUACAAAGACUGGGGUCUUUUCCACGCGAUCCCCUCAUCGUCCAUGCCCGAUCGGUUUGAGUUUAGUAAAGAUUACAAGAAUAGAAAAUCAUACCAUUUACUUCGAAGGCGUGGACAUGGUGGAUAAGUCGCCCGUAUUAGAUAUAAAACCUUAUAUACCAUUGUACGACAGUCCAAUGUGCUUUGAGAAAUGUAACAGGUCGCAGGAAUCCACCAUAGAUAAUACAUUCGUGUGCAUAGAAGAGACUACUAGUUUAAGUAGAAGUCAAACGUGUGGUACCUUUGAUGCCAACGUAAAUCUUGGAGACGAAACGAGAAGUCUGCUUUCGGAUUCUUAUUACAGAAAGAAUACCAACGAAUUAAAUCAAGAUAUUUCUAGAGACGAAGAGAUUGCAUUGAGAUUGCAAGCGGAGGAGUUUCAGAGAAAUUCGAAUUUUGAAAAUUACAACAGCGUAAGACACUUCUCGGAGUUGGGUGAUAUUAAUUUGCACAAUAAUGGCACGUUACCGCAUAAUGUAGAUGUAACUGGUAUACACAGAGCAUUUUAUACAUCGUCCGAUUCCUCGUCCGAUGCAAGGUCGAACAUAUCCACUGCGCGUAAUGCCCUCUCAGCCAAUUUGGAACAACGAUCAGAAAGUUUCGUAGAUAUAAGUAGCAGAUUACAAAACAGAAAUAUAAGUAGUCAUACCAAUGUGGAGCCAAUGUAUACUUCAACCGAUAUGGGAUCCAACUACAUAGAAGCUCAUGCUUCUCGCUCUAGACUUUUGGACGGAGCAGAUGGACCAAGUACAGUGUGUGGUACCGAUUUAGAUUUAAUUAGACGUUCGUUGAACGCGAGGAUCGAUAACUCUCCGAUAAGGAUGGGGAUACGCGAGGCCCCCGACGGCGAAGAAGGUCUGGAAUCGCAAACGCUUACCCCGUCGCAAGUUUUACCGAAUAUCGAGGUAGCAAGGACCGCGUCGAACAGUAGCCUGCCGGACAGCGCGGAUAUAAAUUCAAUAUUUUCGCCCGAAUCAAGAAACGCCGAGAACAGAGAGGCAGAGGCCAAUUUCUCAUCGGAAGUGAGAAUUCCAGAGUGGAUAUCAAGAUCUCGAACGCCCCUGUGCGUGAUAUUCAACGAUCGAGCUCUUAUACAAUUAAAUAAAAUAUUAGGGACAAAAAUUAACGACCAAAAAGUAGCGAUUGAAAACGUACUCCGGGAAGAUCCCAGAUCCGUGUAUCUCAGACAAAGAUGGGGUAGCCAAUUUUAUACAUUCUUGAUCCACGAUUUACACAUUACUUGUAGAUUCGACGAUAACAGAGGCGUAGUAACAGUUUUUCAAGUUAGACACGCUGGACGUAUCUGCGAAUGUGGAGAACCCGAAUGGCAAUGUUUAGGCCAUUCGUUGCCUCCGUCUUAAUGCGUAUUUCAUGUACGCGACCCGCAUUAUUGACACGUUUAGUUUGGUGUACAUCUAUAUUUGUCAAUAAUAUUGUAAGAAAUGCAAGCUCUUAACUUAUACAGUUACGAGGUAUAUUAUAUCCAUUAUCAUUCCACAAUUAACCAAGAAUAUUUAUUUAAGAAUUUUUAUUGCUAUUAGAUUUAUUAAAAAGACUUCUUAAAAGAGUUAUUUAAUUCGUUUGCUAUUUUAAAAUGAAGUUUGCAUUGUUAUUAUUACGAGCAAUAUACAGGGUGUUCGGGCAUCCUUGGGGAAAAUU